AUGCGAUGCUUGCACGAUUCUUCUGGUCUAAUAGCUCUGGUAAAGGAAUUGCUUGGAAAAGCAAGGAGCUCUUGCAUUUGCAAAAAGGUGCUGGUGGUCUCGGCUUACGUAGUAUUGCGAUGCACAAUCGUUCCUCUGAUGAAGAAAGUUUGGCGUAUUCAUAGAAUUCCAGUGACCUCAUCAGUAAGGUAUUUUCCGAUACAAACUGGGCACUGGAUCAUCGACACCUACACUGCGUUAAUGCGGGGUCAAUGUUCUUGGGGUGCGCGAGGUUUAAUUCAAGCAGAGCAGGAGCGCUGGGUUCAUGGGAGGAUUCCCCUCUUUCGGGAUAAUGUUCCUCUUCGUACUGCUGCUACGGUCUCCAUUGCUUCUCUCCUGCUGCCUAAAAAACAAGGCUGGAAUGUUCCCCGGCUUCAGUCACUUUUUCAUUCCAGUACGGUUCGUGAUAUACGUACUCUUGAAAUUCCUCGCCUCACAAACCAAGUUGAUCUUUCUAUUUGGCCUUUUACUACAUCGGGCCACUACACUACCAAAUCUGGAUACUACUUCCUUUCUCGACAUACUGACAUCUACAGCAUGACUCCCCCUCUCAAUUCGAAGUUUUUUCGGAUUUUAUGGGGGUUGCGCAUCAUGCCAAAAUGGAAAAUUUUCCUCUGGAAAUUGUUCCACAACGGGUUAGCAACAGCUGCUAACCUUUCCUACCGUGGUCUGGCCAUAUCAGAUAGUUGUCCAAGCUGCAACAUGGAACCUGAGACAUCCCAACACCUCUUCCGAUUUUGCUCUCUAGCCACUACUGCUUGGCAAACUAGCCAACUACGUAUUCAUUUCAACGCUACUCCCCUUGUGGCCUUUAAAGAUUGGCUCAUUGCAUGGAUACACUAUUUCUACCAGCAGGAUGGAUAUAACGGCCUUCGUCUUCCCGUGUUUGUGGCUAUUUUAUGGGCUAUUUGGCAGGCUCGCAAUAAUAAGGUCUUCAACGGAAUAAUACCUGAUAUGCCUCUAAUCCGUUCACUCCAGGAUAAAGGCAUUCAGCAGCACUACACCUUUCUGGCUAAUCCUAUUCCUGGGUUUCUUUUUGCACAUUUUGGGACAGCCUUCUGCGGGGUACCACAAAUACAUUUACAAGUGGAUGGUUCCUGGAAGAAAUCUUCUUUAUUGGCCGGUAUUGUCUGGGUUGCUGAGCAUGUUAAUACUCAAACUACAGAAGUGCAAGGAGGCUGCAUUUAUGCGGAGUCACCACUGGUUGCUGAAGCAAGGGCUUGUCUGGGGGCCUUGAUUUGGGCGCAAUCUCAAGGAUAUUGCCAAAUUUUGAUCUACACUGAUUUUGAUGUACUAGUUCGGAGUUUACUUCAUCAAGACACACAACCUAUCUCGAUCGCAUGGACUCUCAAUGACAUUCGCUCCCUUGGACAUCAACUCCAAUGGUGUCGAAUUUUAAAAGUUAAUCGUCAACAAGUCCAGAGGGCACAUGACCUGGCCAAUCAUGUUCGCCUAGGACAUAUUCCCAUGGCCACUCUGUAG